GGCCGCCUCACCUUCUCAGCUGCCUGUAGCAGACUGCAGGUACCAAACUGCCACCUCACUAGCUGCUUCCAGACCGUUCCUUGGUCAGCCCUCUCUUUACAUAAUCGUAUGAAGUUCGCCAUCUCGCGCCCACAAGGCUGGCUUACAACCAACUGCCUAUGCAGUCUGAAACCUUCUCAUAGCGCACGAACUACCUGGUACAUAAGAGGUGCCUGAUGCGCGUGUAUAGUCAAGAUGUCUUCCUCACUCAUCGCCGACGCUCCUGACACGAGCUACGUCAAAAUGGACAAAGACAACGACGCCACACUGAUCGGCAAACACUGCCAGCUUGAAUACUGCAACCAGCUUGAUUUCCUACCCUUCUUCUGCCAGAGCUGCAAGAAAACAUUCUGUCUCGAUCACCGGACCGAGGAUUCGCACAAAUGCGAGAACAAAGGUGCCUGGGCCGAGCGACGGCGACAAGCGCAACUGGCACGCCCUGCAGCGGGCGAGGGAAAACGUAUGCGCGACUUCGUCAACCAGAAGCCCUGCGCAGCCGCUGACUGUAAGACAACGGUCGGCACGUCGCUGGUGCCUGGCGUGCAUUGCGCCAACUGUAACCACGACUAUUGUCUCAAACACAGACUACGCGAAGAGCAUGACUGCAAGAAUAAAGUCCCCAUCGGUGCACGUUCCCGCGACGUGACCGAACAGACCAAAUCUGCCUUUGCGAAGUUGCGCGCUUGGGGAAAUGCCAAGAGAGAGCAGGCAAGUCGGGCACUACCAAAGCCAAAGCCGACUUCUGCCUCCGCCCGCCUAGUCGCCGUCAACAACUUGAAGAGGACUGCCAAGGGCGACGCCAAACUACCUCCUGAGAAGCGUGUCUAUCUAUACGUGGAAGCCGAAGCUGAAACGACGACUGCUAAGAAUUAUAAAGGCGAGUUCUUCUACUCAAAGGACUGGGUAAUAGGGAGGAUCCUUGACGCCGCAGCCAAGAGCCUACAGGUUGAAAACAUCAACAACCAAUCGUCGGACGAGAGGGAUAAAUUGCGCGUGUUUCAUGUGGAGGGAGGUAGAGUACUUGAGUUUAAUGAGAAGGUUGGAUCUGUCCUGGCUAGCGGAAACACGAUUGUCUUGUUGCGAGGCAUCGGGCCUCCUCCGGAUCUAAUCGAGAUGUGAACGGUAUACGAGGAAACCAUGUCGUGGCCAUAGAUCGCAUUUACGUCGGCGUUGAUACGGUUUUCAUUGCAUUUUUAGAAGCGGAUUUUCGGGGAAUGACAAUCAUGGCGAUGCGAAAUAAUGGAUUUCAUUUUGUUUCAUUAUGGCUGGAUAGUUGUAUUUCAACAUCGAAUGUACAGCUCCUAUACCCGCAAGCGGUUGACUUAUAUCUAAACUCUGUCUUGAAUAUAGAGAGAUGCAGUACUGCUCCCAUAGUAAUCCACCAAACCUAGUUCAACCCUGCUAACGGCACCGUGCCUGUAUUUCGUACAUCUAAAGUUCCUUCUCUUUGGUUCCCUUCUUGGAUCGCUGGUGUAGAGUCGCCUCGCGCCCUGUAG